AUGGCCCAGCUGUCUGUUGCAUGUGACGGUGUGUGGCUACGGCUGGGUCACCAUCAGGGUGUGAAUGUCUGGUCAGAAUUAUAUGGCUUGAAGGCUGGUGGUGGUCAUGAGCCAUGGUUACUGGUGUGUGCCCGUGUGGCUGUGGAAGAUGGGGCUGAGACCCGGGACAGCUCUCAGAGGAGGGAUCAGAGUUGGAGGAGAGCUUCUUGUGCCCCUGGAGGGGAGUACGCUGAGGGCGUCAGUGAGCGAGACAUCCUGCUCAUCCACUCCUGCCGCCAGUGGACAACGGUGACAGCUCAUACCCUGGAGGAGGGCCACUAUGUCAUCGGGCCCAAGAUUGACAUCCCCCUGCAGUACCCAGGGAAGUUCAAGCUCCUGGAACAGGCCCGGGAUGUGCGGGAGCCAGUGAGGUACUUCAGCAGCGUGGAGGAGGUGGCCAGUGUCUUCCCUGACCGCAUCUUCGUGAUGGAAGCCAUCACCUUCAGCGUCAAGGUGGUGUCGGGCGAGUUCAGCGAGGACAGCGAGGUGUACAACUUCACGCUGCAUGCGGGCGACGAGCUCACUCUUAUGGGCCAGGCGGAGAUCCUGUGCGCCAAGACCACCAAGGAGCGCUCGCGCUUCACCACCCUCCUGCGAAAGCUGGGCCGGGCCGGUGCGCUUACCGGGGUGGGAGGUGGCGGCCCCGCGAGCGCGGGGGCCGCGGGAGGCAGCGGCGGCGGGGGCGCCAGGCCGGUCAAAGGCAAGAUGCCCUGCCUCAUCUGCAUGAACCACCGCACCAACGAGAGCCUGAGCCUACCCUUCCAGUGCCAGGGCCGCUUCAGCACUCGCAGCCCGCUGGAGCUGCAGAUGCAGGAGGGCGAGCACACGGUGCGCGCCAUCAUCGAGCGCGUGCGGCUACCGGUGAACGUGCUGGUGCCCAGCCGGCCGCCGCGCAACCCCUACGACCUGCACCCGGUGCGGGAGGGUCACUGCUAUAAGCUGGUUAGCAUCAUCUCCAAGACGGUGGUGCUCGGGCUGGUGAAGGAGGAGUGCCGCCUGCUCAACGCCCCUCCAGUGCCUCCCCGGGGUGGCAAUGGCAGUGGCCGGCUCUCCGGCAGCCCCCCGGUUCCCCCUCGCUUCCCCAAGCUGCAGCCGGUACAUUCCCCCAGCUCCAGCCUCUCCUACUACUCCUCUGGCCUCCAGGAUGGGGUGGGUUCCCGCAGUGGCAGUGGCUCCCCAUCACCGGACACGUACUCUCUCUAUUGCUACCCAUGCACCUGGGGAGACUGCAAGGUGGGCGAAUCCUCUAGCCGCCCAGCCCCCGGACCCCUACCCUCAACCACACAGCCCAGCCAGGCCUCCCGGGCCCUCACAGAGCCUCUGAGCGGUCGAGCCGCCUCCCUUCUGGGGGCUGACACCCCUGUUAAGACCUACCACAGCUGCCCUCCUCUAUUCAAGCCCUCACACCCCCAGAAGCGCUUUGCUCCAUUUGGAGCUCUCAACCCUUUUUCCGGGCCUGCCUACCCCUCAGGCCCUUCAGCGGCCUCCUCUUCUGGCCCCACAACCACCUUGGGUCCUGUGGCUACCUCUGGCCCUGCAUAUUCCCCAGGCCCGGCCUCGCCAGGCCAGGCCUAUUCAGCUGCUCCCCCCGCCUCCUGCGCCCCCUCCUCCUCCUCCUCUUCUGAAUGGCAGGACCCAGCCCUGGAGCCCUUCGAUCCCUUUGAGCUGGGGCAGGGCAGUUCUCCAGAGCCUGAGCUGCUGCGUUCUCAGGAGCCCAGAGCAGUGGGGACACCUGGGCCUGGACCCUGCCUUUCCCCACUUGGCCCCCCCAAGGCCUUUGAGCCUGAAGGUUUGGUGCUGCGCCAGGUCCCCACCCCACUGUCACCAGCUGCUCUGCAGGGACCUGAGGCAGGAGGAGGACGACUUUUUCUAACCCAAGGGCGCCUGGAAGGGCCUCCUGCCAGUCCCCGGGAUGGAGCCACAGGCUUUGGAGUCCGGGAUGCUUCCUCCUGGCAGCCCCCUGCUGACCUGUCUGCGCUCUCCCUGGAGGAGGUCUCUCGCAGUCUGCGUUUCAUCGGGCUCUCAGAGGAUGUCGUGAGCUUCUUUGCCCGAGAACGCAUCGAUGGUAGCAUCUUCGUGCAGCUCAGUGAGGACAUCCUGGCAGAUGACUUCCACCUCACCAAGCUGCAGGUCAAGAAGAUCAUGCAGUUCAUCAAAGGCUGGAGGCCCAAGAUCUGAACUGCCCAGCUGGAGCUGCACAGCUGGAAUGCUGGCAUGGGGGCCCCAGGGACAGCACUUGGGAGGAGCAGGUGCUGCCUGCAGGGAGGAUCGAUGUCGAGACAGACUGCUCGGCAGCCACUGGGUGGAUCCAGGGGAGAUGCACGUGGAAAUGUGAUCCUCUGGGCUCAAACCCUGCACGGGACAGCUUGCCUUUGAGUGUGCAGAAUACAUGGGAAAGGGGCUGGGGGCACCACUGUGUACCUGAGCCCAGUAAGGCAUUUGCUGUGAUUCCCACAAUGGGGUCAAAAGCUGGCCUUCAGGGUGACCUAACACCUCCUCAUGCCCUGCUAUAGACCUUCACAAAUGACUUCCACUGCUCAAGCCUGUAGGCUCUGUUUAGAGACAAGAUGGCCGGUAAUUUAAGCACAAAUUUCCCAAGUGCCCACUCUCCUUUGUGCUCUGUGGGCUUUUGACCUAAAGCUGCCCCAGAGUGAGGGUGUAGAUGUCUGUGUCUCUGGGAUGCCUCUCCUUUCCCCCUCUGCUCCACUGCGGUUGAGGGGGCCUGGCCCUGCACACAGGUGAGUCGUGUACAAGCCUAAGCCAUGGCACCUCAGAAGCUCCACCUGUGGGUUCUGGUUCAUGGAUGACGGCUUUGGAAGAGCACAGCUCUGCUAUUGACUCGACCCACUUAUCUAGUUAGGAAGCCAGACACUGCCCAGAUGGCUCUAGCACCCUGGCUUCCCCUCUGACUUUACUGCAACUAGUUAUCCAUCCGUCAGGUGGGUUCAGUCUCAGAAUACUGUCUCCGUGGAAGAGCAGGUCGAUUUAGGUCAGCUUCUCCUUGAUUCUAGAAACAAGUGGUAGUCAACCACCCCCAAUUCUGCCAAUCUCUUGCUCCCAUCAUUUGGCUCUGACAAUAUGAUUUUUGGUGUUUUUCCCUGGUUUUCUGUCACUGGCACAGGAGGGUACACUUGGGAGAGCGUGGUCCUGGAGCUCAGUCCUGCACUUGUUCACGUGCUUCAGAGCAGGUCUUUGUGCCCUUGAAUCUCAAACAUGGGGAUCUGCUUGGUACCCAGAGCUCUGGUCAUUGUGUCCAACCACACACCCCACCCUACCCCUGUGCCCUCCAUCUCACCCAGAACCAUAGGGUGCCCACUAGUGUCAGGGUCCAAGGUGCCAGCCUUCUCUUCUGCCUUACCUAGUCUACCUAUUUAUUUCCUCUACUUUUUAUCUUAAGAGUAGCUAAGCCAUGCUGGUGCCCAUACUCCAAGCAGGCUGCCUCAGCUCAGAGAAGUGGUCAGAGAGUAGAGCACAAAACCUGUGAUGUGGGGACAUUUGGUUUUCUUGCAGAUCAUUUAAAGAAUCCUCAAGGACUAGUGAAAUAAAUGCUAGACUGCUGAAGACUAGUACAAGUGGCA